AUGCCGAUGUCGAUGAAUUUUGAGUCGACUUCGAAUCUCUCGGGUUCAUGGUGUUUGAUUGGCCCGACAUUUGACUUGGGAGUGGGUGUUGGAGGGGAUGAGGUGGCGGAGAGGGUUUCCGAUAGUAUUAGGAUGGCUGCUGAGAACGCUUACGCAAUGGAAACGAGAGGCAAGUCGAGGGUUGGGAGUUGUCCUUUGAACCCGUUUGACGCUGUUCUUCUUGACCACGAUAGAUACACGGGGGACCUGUUACGUCGUUUAAACACGACUGACUCGCCGACGUUUUAUGACCAUGGGCCCUCGCCUCCUCGACAAGUGCUUGACCUUGGAUGUGGACAAGGACACUGGGUCGUUGAAGCUGCUAUAAAAUGGAGCAGAUACGGGACCAAGGUGACUGGGUUCGACAAGGGUCAAAUUGAGUUUAUUCGGGGGAAUGUCCUGAAACAACUGCCCUUCGACUCCAACACCUUCGACUUGAUAAGAAUGUCAUGCCUCACACUUUGCAUACCCACAGUCUCAUGA